UUAUAGUUCAUUGGAAACUGGGUCAGCCACCAUGGUAGCUUGCUAGCCGAAAUAUUAACCCGCUUUAAUGUAUAUUAGCCACUGUGUUUUGAACACACUUCUGUCAAUCUAGCUAAUUAUAUAAGUUCAUUGCAUAUUUACGUUGUUAUUGUUAUUAGUUAGCUAACGGUAGCUGGCUGGUUAAGUUAGCAUUAGCCUUGUUAGCUAACGGUAGCUGGCUGGUUAAGUUAGCAUUAGCCUUGUUAGCUAACUGUUAGCCCUCAUCCCCGACCAUGAGUUCACCAAGCUACUCGCCUCCUGAUGAAGAGGAGGAGGUCUGCUGGACGGAGAAAGAGGGUCUGUGGCUGAAUGUUGUCGUGAAAGAGGAGAAUCAAGAGGAGGAUGUCACAGUAACAAAAGUAGAGGAAGAGCAGGAUGUUACAGUGAAAGAGGAAGAGGAGGUUACUGUGUUGGGAGUGAAGGAGAAGGGAGAGAUAACUGUCACAUUGGAAGAGGAAGAGACAGGAGAUCGGAUUAACACCAGAGAGAGACGUGACUGUCGUGGAUCCUCUGGGGAGCCUCAACAACCUCAUGAUGCUAAAAAGGCAGAGAAGAGUCUCUCCAGAUCAGAACACCUGCAGAGAUCCACAGGGAAGGGACCUCACUGCUGCUCUGACUGUGGGAAGAGAUUCACCUCCUCAGCAGGCAUUAAAAUUCAUCAGAAAACACACACAAGAGAGAAACCUUAUAGCUGUGGGCAAUGUGGGAGGAGUUUUACUAACUCUAGCAGUCUUACAGUGCACCAGCGACUACACACAGGAGAGAAACCUUAUAGCUGUGAUCUAUGUGGGAAGAGUUUUGGUGCGUCUUGCGAUCUGACAGUGCACCAGAGAAAUCACACAGGAGAGAAACCUUAUAGCUGUGUUCAAUGUGGGAAAAGAUUUGCUGUAUCUAGCACUCUGACUCAACACCAGCGAAUACACACAGGAGAGAAACCUUAUAGCUGUGAUCUAUGUGGGAAGAGUUUUGGUAAAUCUAGAGAUCUGACAGUGCACCAGAGAAUACACACAGGAGAGAAACCUUAUAGCUGUGUUCAAUGUGGGAAGAGAUUUGCUGCAUCUGGCACUCUGACUAAACACCAGCGACUACACACAGGAGAGAAACCUUAUAGCUGUGGGCAAUGUGAGAAGAGUUUUGGUGUAUCUAGCGAUCUGACUUCACACCAGAGAACACACACAGGAGAGAAGCCUUAUAGCUGUGAUCAAUGUGGGAGGAGUUUUCCUACAUCUAGCCAUCUGACUAAACACCAGAGAACACACACAGGAGAGAAGCCUUAUAGCUGUGAUCAAUGUGAGAAGAGUUUUCCUACAUCUAGCCAGCUGACUUCACACCAGAGAACACACACAGGAGAGAAACCUUAUAGCUGUGAUCAAUGUGGGAGGAGUUUUACUACAUUUAGCAUUCUGACAGUACACCAGAGAACACACACAGGAGAAAAACCUUAUAUGUGUGAUCAAUGUGGGAGGAGUUUUGUUCAAGCUAGCCAUCUGACUAAACACCAGAGAACACACACAGGAGAGAAGCCUUAUAGCUGUGAUCAAUGUGAGAAGAGUUUUCCUACAUCUAGCCAGCUAACUUCACACCAGAGAACACACACAGGAGAGAAACCUUAUAGCUGUGAUCAAUGUGGGAGGAGUUUUACUACAUUUAGCAUUCUGACAGUACACCAGAGAACACACACAGGAGAAAAACCUUAUAUGUGUGAUCAAUGUGGGAGGAGUUUUGUUCAAGCUAGCCAUCUGACUAAACACCAGAGAACACACACAGGAGAGAAGCCUUAUAGCUGUGAUCAAUGUGAGAAUAGUUUUCCUACAUCUAGCCAAUUGACUUCACAUCAGAGAACACACACAGGAGAGAAACCUUUUAGCUGUGAUCAAUGUGACAAGAGAUACUCUGAUAAAAGAUCUCUGAUCAAACAUCAAAAAAUGCAUACAUGAAGUUGUUUCAUGAUAUCACUGAAAUAAAAUGUUUUAACAUUGUAGUAGGAGUAUUUUAAUGAUGUCACAAUGUAGAAUGUUUUAGCAUUGUAGUAGGAGUAUUUUAAUGAUGUCACAAUGUAGAAUGUUUUAAUUAACAUUGUAGUAGGAUUAUUUUAAUCAUGUUCUACCUUAUCGUUUACCCUGUUCAAUUGAUUGCAGCAUGAUAUGGAUAUUAACCUCAGGGGGAAAUCCAGUCUCUGAAUUGAAAGAGUAUUAUUAAACAAAGUGACGAACAAAAAAAAGAGCUGUGUUCCACUUCCUGUGUUGGUGACCCACUUUAAUCAACAUGCAGCACUUCAAAAUGUAGUGAGCUGUUUUCUUCAAGUGGAAAAGAAAUGCAUGUAAUAUGAUAAUUGAUCAUUGUUGCAGAUGUUUGUGGACAGCCUAGUGGUUAGAGCGGUGGACUAGUACCCGGAAGGUUGCAAGUUCAAACCCCCGAGCUGACAAGGUACAAAUCUGUCGUUCUGCCCCUGAACAGGCAGUUAACCCACUGUUCCUAGGCCGUCAUUGAAAAUAAGAAUUUGUUCUUUUAACUGACUUGCCUAGUAAAAUAAAGGUAAAAUAAAAAAAUUGUAUAUACACACAUGAAA